AGAAUGCCGCCAUAUUCUGACGUGUUUUGUUCUGAAAGGAAUAACAUAUUACUAUGUCUGGUAACUAAAUGGACAGAUAUAGAGAUUUUAAUCAUAUCUAGUCACAUCCGAUAUAGUGACAAUUAUAACACACUGUUUUUUAGUUUUGUAACUCUGAGAGAUUUAUUUACAUAAAUAUUUAUUAUGACAUUCGAAAUGAAUGGAAAAAGUGAAAAUGUUACACUAACACAGGAUCAAAACGAUACAGUAUCUAAGGAUACAUUACAGAAAGAUUUGCAAAUGAAACGAGAUGAACUUACACGUUUAAAUAGAGAAUUGAUUCAAUGUAGAUUGCAAAGGGACCAGUUCAAAUUAAUGGUAGAACAAAUGCAAGAAAGAGUUUUAUAUCUAAAGAGGCAAAUAAAUGAUACGCGUGAUUCAAAGGGAUGCUAUAAUUUGGAUGAUCAUUUUAAGAUGUUAGAUCUACUAACAGAAACAAGAGAACAAAAUAAAUGUCUUAAACUGCAGGUAGAAACAUUAAGACAAAAAUUGGGGGAUGCAGAAGCUGAUGUUAAAGCACUUCGUACAAAUGGUAAUCAGUCAUAUGUAGAAGAUGUCCAGUAUGCGUCAACAAUUCAUCAGAGGGAAGAAAUGAUAGAGCAAUUGGAAAGAUUAAAUGUUAAGUGUUCCCAAUUACAGACUGAUUUGCAGACAGUUGUAGAUGAGAAACAAGAGCUGCAAACAGAAAGGGAUGUUUUUAAAUGCAAGGCACAUCGUUUAAAUCACGAAUUGUCAAGAGCACUAAGUGCAACUACACAGAUAGAUUUAGAUGCUUUGAUUAGUGAAAAUAGGUAUCUUCAAGAAAGAAUAAGACAAUUACUUGAAGAGAAGGAGCUUGCAAGACAAUCUCUUUCAAAAUAUAAAAGUAUGCUGGAUAGAGAACGAGUUAAAGAAUCUAUGAAAUGGGGUACAAAUGCUGCUAUUGGCAGUAUAAUGACUUCUAAACAAGCAGAGCAGUGGUUGUAUCAAGAUUCAAGCGUAUCGCCUGAAAAAUCUGCAACGGCAAUUAACGACUUACGAUGUUUGUGCAAAGCCUUGAUAGAAGCUUUAAACGACAAAACCUUAGCCUUAGCACAUCAGAAAAAGGCAAACAAAAUAUUAGCACUGAGAAUAUGUGAAUUAGAUAGCGUGACGCAGUCUCCGACCACAACGUUAUUGGAAGGAUAUACAAGCGUCGAUACAAAAGGUGAUCAAGACUUCACCAAAUUGACGCAUAUGUCUGAAAAUAGUGUUGAAAACAUGGUAGAACAUAAUGUUUCGACGAGCAACGACGACAGGGGAGUCAGUACAGUUGCUACGGAAAAUCAAAUCACUCAACAGUUAUAUUCAGUGCAGAUGAACCUUCCAAAGAGUUUAGGACUGUUAGUUCAAAAAGCAAUGAAUAAUUUGAGAGAGAGCGACAGGAAGAAAUCUUAAAGUUAUUCCAAUAUAGAUAUUUAAUUGACAGGGCUCCUGCAUUACUGCUAGUUAUAAUUACAUAAAAUAUACAUAAUAUUAAUAGAUUAUCACUAA